GACUACUGCUGUUGCCCUGGUGGCCGCUUCGGAUGGGUACCUUCCGAGCCCUCGCUGGCUUCCUUGCCCUGAUAGGAGCCAAUAAGGUCCUUUCGUUUGUACCAGGUGGUCAACUCAACGUCGCGAGGUUUUCGAGGAGUGUCAACCGGUUAUCGUGGGCGACAACGCGAUGUAGUGGUGUCAGACCACUCGCAGCGAGUGUUCCCAACGGGAUUGGAGAGGGCAAGCGCGUGGGGUUUGCCUCAGGAUCGGAGGACGAGGAGGAAGAGGAGGAGGAGGGGGUGGACGGAAAGACGAAGGCGAAACUGCAGACGGUGAACGCGCGCCUUCUGGCGCAGAUCGAAGAACAGGGCAAAGGGAUCGUCAUCCCAACAGAGGAAAGCAAGAAGAUUAAGCGAAAAGAAGAGGACUUGAACGGAGUCAAUCCGUUCUACGCGAUUCUGGGUGCUGGGGGCGCCGCGGCAAUGUCUUUCGGGUCCUGGAAGGCGACGCUCUGGCUAGCCCAGGCGUACUACAGCAAGCCCGCGGAAGAGAGCGACAUUCUAGCUGUGGCUCGCAUGACGUCGUUCAUCAAACAGGCUGUGGUGGGGCUUUUCGCUCUUGGCGCUGGCAUCUUUGGCGUCACGGCUUUGGGGAUGGGUGUAAUGGCGGCGAUUGUAGCGGUGGGCGUGGCCAAGGGCGAGCUGGACCCUUCGCCAGAGGCAAGCAGGUCGAAGAAAGCGGCACCCGGCGCUUCUGAAGAGGAGAAGGAGCUUCUCAUGCUCCAACAAGCGGACGAGAGCCUUAGAAAGGCUCAGGAGGAAAUCGAACGAAACGUCGGGAAACUGUAGAGCAGCCCUGCCUGUGCCUGGGUACGCACUGCUGUAGCGGUCAGCUCCAGGUUGUUGUGCUUGGACACGCUUGUCACUGCUGUUGUAGGUCUGGGGCGGGGUUGUUACUGCGGCAGGAAUUGGGAAUGCAUUUUUUCCUUGCUGCCGCCUACUUGUUAUUCUCCUGUUGGCGGUAUUUGUAAGGUUGCUGGGUGACAAGGAGUGCGCCGUUGGUGAAAGGGCGAUGCAACAUGGACAGCAUCGCGAUCACCUUCUUGUCGAUGGGAUUGCCAACCCUGUGUACUGUAGUUCAACGAGACAGAAGGGAUACGUUUGGUGUCACGAUCGGCCUUAUGGUGGUGGCGUUCAUUGUUGGCAUCAAAGGAUGGAUGGUCUCAUGCCGACCGUGCUUGGUCCAUGUCAAGCGAAGAGGAUACAAAGUAAGAUGCCGUUGGACAACCACCCCGCCCUGUGUGUGAAAGCUGGAAAUAAUACAAGUUGUGGAUUUUUCGGGCUUUCUCGCAUCCUGGUGCCCUUCUUUUGGGUUGUACGAGAUGUAAGCAUUCAAGAGGCUAUGCUCAUGUAUGGUCUCUUGUUUUCUGGCAAUGGGAGCCGAAAGAUAGCACGGAUUGCAACUAGCCUCGGGUAGAUCGAUAGUGGAGGAUGGCAUAGGAGGCUCCACCUGCUCAACCCUACCCCCAGACCCUCCCUCGCGCUACACUCUUUAUGUCGUGUAGCCACCAGCAGGGAGUGCGACGUUGUUUUUGGACGUGAGACUUACACCUAACCGUGAAGAAUGCCUCAUCGACAAAAAGUACGUCUGCUUGAUGCGAUCUUAGCACCGCUGCUACUACUACUGCAGAGCAGUACAGCGUCGUGGGUCCGAU